GUCGGCGUGAAAGACAACGACUUCAAAUUGCCUGCAGGUGCUAAUAGCGCAUCUUAGAGUUUCAGAUGUCAAGGACAUGGUCUGAGGUUUAGAGAUCGAGGGCGAAGACUCCCGAAAAUGGUGGAGUUAGUGUGCGUCAGGCAAGAGUGUUUAGGAUGGAGAAGCCGAAUAGGUCAUUCCUCUCAUCGCAAGUUGACCCAAGAGACACGAUUCGUAAUUUUGAAAGAGUUAGUUAGUUUCCUGUGCAGUUGCUUUUGCCUUUCGGAAACAGACAAGCCGCCCAAUAUUGUGCACAAGUCUCAAUGUGUAAAAAAGCCAGCUGAGUCAAUUUCUUGAUCAUCUGGAAUCUUCCCUUUAUUCUCAAGACGGGCUCACUGUUCGACGUCAAUCCCUACACAUAAGUGUGUUCAGCAGUUUCAGAGACAGUUUGCAGAGAAAGUUUGCAGGAUUUUAGUCGUUCAGGAAGCUAGACGAUAGGCGUUGCCCCGAACCGAAGCUCAACUCCCUAGCCAUUGGAGACACCGUUAGUUGCACAAUGAAGCCAGCAGAUUUUUUUGAUCAUCGUCAGAUUAAUAGGAAUACCGGGCAAACUCAUGAGAACUCCCCAGAACUUCCUCCCGAUAAGAUCUCUGCAACGAUUAAUCUCAGGGAGAGUCAAGUUCGGAAUCACCAGGAAAUGUUAAAUGAGCUGCAGAACAACAACAUGAACAUAGAUCAUACCGGGUCUAGUCGAGGGCAACGGUACACCCAUAUCAUAACCAUUAGUGGCUACCCUACUUCUGAUGGAUUCAAUCAGCACAGUAUUCUGGCGAUUGUCCGGCGAUACUACAGUGAAGCAAGUUUGGUGACCGAGUGACAAGUUUAUCCCAGCGAUUCAUCUACAAAUAAUCUCGACAGUCGACACUCCCUGAGGCUGGAAAUUCGCCUUCUUAAUGGCUAUCCUUUGUCUGUGCUUCUUAAUAUUACGUACGUAUAUUUAUUUAUUUCUUUCAUUUUUGGAACUAAAUGAGCUGAGCUUGUCAUUAGCCCAAAACUUAAUCUAAGGUUUGCUUAGCGUUGA